CAACCACGCGACAAGACAUACCCCACUCUCUCCUUAUAUUCUGUCCACCUGCCGCGAAGCUGUCAACCGAAAACUCCUCCAAGCCUAAUUCUUACCUCGCGCGCCUAGUAUCAUGGCAGCAACCCUCGAAGUCUCUCCGCCCGCGUCGCCACAACCUGCCAAAGACACCGCAAACGAUACCCAAACGCACAACUGUCCGUCAUGCGGCUAUAGCUUGAAUACGAAGGAGCUCGAAGAAGCAAGGCGAAAGAUAGAGGAGCUGGAAGCGCAGAUGGAGCGACUAAAGGAGAAAGCCACUGCAGCUGUCGAUAGAUGUGCGGAUUACGAGGACCAAAUACGCGUUCUGAAAGAUAGCCAGCGCGCUCCCAGCCCACUGCGUUCACAAACCUCGCAAUCCGACAAGACCUUCAACGGCGCCCUACCGCGCCCCUCCGUCGACGCCGAUCCCCCACGUCCCACCACCGCGAACUCGACAAGGGCUUCGCGCUUUUCCUUCAUCACAAACCGCUUCCCUUCUCCAGCGAAUACUGGAGCCAUGCCUCCACCGCCUCCACCGAAAGACGACUACGCACUGAUUAACGAGCUAGAGCGAGAGCGAGCCCUUCGUGCAAAAGCUGAGGCGCGCGUGCAAACGGUGGAUACGGAGAUUGAGGAGCUUAGCGUGCAGCUAUUUAGCCAGGCGAACGAGAUGGUUGCUGAGGAGCGGCGGGCAAGAGCGAAACUGGAAGAACGAAUCGAGACGCUGGAACGUAGGGAUAGAGAGAAGAUGGGACGGCUGGAUCGCCUGGAGAAAGCUGUCAGUAGAGUUGAGAGGGUCAAGGCGCUGUUGGCUGAGAAGGAUGGCAAGGGGGUUGAGGCGCCUCCAGAUGGGAUGUUAUCUUUGCCUGCGAGAAGAUGAGGAGUUUGCGGUAUUUUGUUGUCUUUUCCAGCGUUGCGUUACGUGUUACGAUACCCAUAUUUAUGAUAUUUUGCAUCUUAGCAUAGCGUUGGGCGCUGGAUAUAUUCAUUUUAGAACGUUUAGAUAGUAAGCGCGUGGAAUACAUAUUGUUUUCAAGCACAAUGGAGAUGG